AACCGCAAUUCGAGUUGCGAUCCAUUCCACGGUGAUAAGGUUGUGUCCGGCCGAAGACGACAAGACAAAGGUUCCGCGUAGACGAUAUCGCCGAGCGAGCAAUACCUUGAGCCAACAAAGCACGACCCCGACAAAGCGACACCAGUCACAAGCCCGAAGCUGAAGAGAGCAGCAAGGGUCAUUGAACGAAUCUCUCCCAUACAACAACCCUCGUCUUCAGAUCAUAUAUCGAAAUAACCCUCCCAGCCUUCGAACGAAACCACAUCGUGCAAUGUCGGGCAAUAGCGAUAACAGCCCUCUCAACGAGUCCGCGAAGCCCCGCCGUGGCUCAUUCACAACCCAAACCUUCAACAACAUCUUCGGUCGAUCCAAUAGCACGUCCGGUGCUCCGACAGCUCCCUUCCCAGGCCCGAUCACGACAGCCGCAGCACAAGACCAACGUCGACGCAUGUCGAUUUCCACCCUCGGCUUAUCCGGCACAUCUCCUACCCAGUCAACACCCUUCACUUUUGGUGGUCGCCGAGGCAGUGUCUCUACUGCAGGCUCCGAUUCCUUCGAUGAAAAUGCGAUCGAUGAUGACGACGGUCCCGCUCGCAGCAAUCCCACCACGCCAUUCGCACGCCGCAUGUCAUUCGGUGGACAAGCUCUCCGAUCUGCGAGAGGCUCUGGUAGCCCAGGCACAACUGGUAGAGCUCCCUCUUAUACAACUGCACCUCUUCCCACAAUUCCUGCCGGGCCGCGAAGUUCUCGCUCUGGCUCUGGCUCUAAAGGCGGAGCUGUGACUCCUCCAAAUCAUGGAAAACAGGCAAGCACGCAAUCAAAGCCCAGAACUGCUUCUGACUAUCCCGUUUCCGCUCGUCCAGGUGAAGGCGGUGGCUUCAACUGGUCUGAGCAGCUUAGAUCCCGUGCCGAGAGCUCCGUGUCGCAGUCUCAGCGCCCUUCUUUCCCAACCUCCCCGUCCUCUGCAAAGACCACACAAAUGCCGAUGCAUGAGAGAGCCAAGAGCGUCAGCGAGAUGCCUGCUCCUCCGAUCGCCGUCCCGGCACCAACACCACCGCGUCCGGAGCGGAAGAAGCCCGAUGCGUUCCAGGAGCGGAUCUUGAAGGGAGACUUCUACAUGGACUGAACGAUGGACAGUAUGGCUUUUCUUUCGAUGUUUGAUUAAGCCUGCUUGUGUCCAUUGCUGCUUUUGAUGAGUUUGGCGUUGAUGGCGUUUAUAAAGUGAUGAAGGCAGAGCGCCUCUCACGCAAGAGCUUGACAGCGGGUGUCACUCUAAGUUUGGCUGGAUUUGCUGCGACAGUCGAUGGGUUUACAGAAGUGUACGCUGGCG